AUGAUACGACGUACUAUGACAUUAGAAUUAAAGAGAAUGAAGGAUGUUUCGGUGAGGUCGCUCAGUAGGCAAAUGUCUGCAAUGACUCUUCGAGAUUACCAAGAAGACUGUUUGACUUCAGUGCACAACGCUAUAAGUCGCGGAGUCAGAAGACCCGCUGUAGUACUUGCUACUGGGGGUGGUAAAACUGUAGUAUUCUCACAUCUAAUCCCCCAACUAGAGCCUUAUACAGAGACCCAGGGAUCGAAGACACUUGUACUAGCUCAUAAGCAAGAACUUGUCUAUCAGGCCGCUUCCAAGAUUGCAUCUGUAAACCCAAAUUUAAAAGUUGCAAUUGACAUGCACAAUAUGAAACCAACUGAAGAUGCUGAUGUCAUUGUAGGAUCUGUACCAACGUUAGUGAGAAUGUCUAGACUUGAGAAGUAUGAUCCCGCUGAGUUCAAGACAAUCAUCCUAGAUGAAUGUCACCACGCUACUGCUAAGUCGUGGGCUAAGAUUUUAAACUAUUUCCUGGCAGACCAUAAGCAGCUGCCAAUCCAUGUCAUUGGUUUCACAGCCACUAUGGAAAGGGCAGAUGGAAGCUCAUUAGGGAAAUUAUUUGAUGAAAUUGUAUAUGAAAGAGGAUUGAUAGAGAUGGUGCAAAAUAAAGAAUUGGUAGACGUCAAGUUUUCAACGUUAGAUGUUGCCGUUGACUUCUCCAAAGUCAAAACCAGACUUAAUGAUUUCGAUACCAAAUCAUUAAGUGAUGCCAUGAAUCAGGAUGAGAUCAAUUAUCUGAUGGCAGGCUCCUACUUAAGACUCUCACAUGAGUUCAACUUUAAAUCUACGUUGAUUUUCUGUGUUGAUAUUGCCCAUUGUAAAACACUAUGUGGCGUAUUGCAGUCACAGGGAAUCAAUGCCCAGUAUGUCACAGGAGACACAGUGAAACAUGAAAGGGUUUCCAUAUUAGAGGAUUUCAAGCAGGGUAAAAUUCAAGUCUUGUGUAAUGUUUUGGUAUUCACAGAAGGCACUGAUAUCCCCAAUAUCGAUUCCUUAUUUUUGGCAAGACCUACCAAAUCGAGACCAUUGCUUGUUCAGAUGAUAGGGAGAGGUCUCAGGUUACAUGAAGGUAAGAGUCACUGUCAUAUUGUCGAUGUUGCAGGUACCAGGUCGAUAGGAAUUCAAUCCGUUCCCACCUUAUUUGGAGUACCUGAUUCUAUGAAAGGAAGCCCCAGAAAUUACGAAAAAACUCAAGAUGAGGAUGAAGAUGAGUUAGAUACUAGAUUGAUGUCAAAGGAGGAAAUUAAAGAGCAACAGCGUAUAAAACAGGAAGAGGCAUUAAAAAAGAAGCUUUUGAUAGAGGAGUCAAGAAGAGAAGCAAUGAAUGUGGCAUUUCUGACUAUAGAUGGGUUUUCUUUAUUAUUACAAAAAGAUAUUAGAGGGUUUCAAAGUGAUAAGAAUAUCCAUCAUGCAUUCAAUUCUUCCAAAUUAUUCUGGAUACGAUUGGAGUAUGAUGUGUGGGGAAUUGCAUUUCCUCCUAUGAGCGAUAAAUUUUUCACAGUUCGUAGGUUAUAUGUACUGGAGCAAAAGUACUUCUCGCUUGUGGUGAACACAUUCACAUCGCGUGAGCACAAGAUGGCUGCAGGGCAUAAAGUUGCCAACUACCUGUCUGAGACAGAGAUAAUGAGGGAUGCAAACUUACAGGCUGUUCUUACGAGAGCCGAAGUAUUGGUCUCACAACAUACUUCGAAGUAUACGAACACUAGCAUUAAAUCUAACAGAGAUAAACCUAGACAUGCGACAUCAAAACAGGUGAAGUUCGUUAAGGCUAAAGUAGUUACAAAGGCCAAGCAGUUGUACUCCAACUGGUCAUCAGAAAUGGAUACUAAGUUGGAUACAGAAUUAAAUGCCUUUACCCAAUAUAGAAUGUCAGACUUAAUAUUUGCUAUCAAGUACCUGAAGAAUAGCUUAUGGUUUCGUUGGGAACUACAAAAAUUGCUAGGAUAUCCCGAUAAGGAGAAAAGGUUGAUUGAUAAAAUUUCGAAGAAGGAUGAAAAUGAUGUUGACAUUGGGUUUAACCAAGAGAGUCCAAAACGGAUUCAAACUACAUCAGCUCAAUAG